AUUAUAGUGGAGCAAUGGCGUUAGACACGGGAUUUGGAAGCCGCAAGCCUUGGAAUUUAGCUUCCUGCCUUACCUCAUACGCUCACUCACCAACUCCAGCUAACACCAACCUAACACCGUUCUUGUCCCACCAGUACGGGAAUAGCCCAUUCCUACUUCUAUCUACGUCCACGAUUACUCCGCUUCCGACGUCCAAACUGCCCCUACCGAAUCCCGUAAAAUAGCCUCUUUUCGGUGUUUGCUUUUGCUCCCCAUCCACAAUGCCGCAGGACCCAAACCUCUACGGGCAACGCCCCGCCAAACGGCAAAAAAAGGAGAUCCCGCUCUCCAGCUCCCUCGACUUCGCAUCCCAACUGACCUCCCUCCUCUCGACCUCGGCCUCUGACCCGACUUCUGCGUCGUCUCCGAGCGUAGCGGCCGGCCGCGCCCGCCCGUCGAAAAAUAAAGACGACAUAUUCUCCGUCAAGGCAAAGCGGAAGCCGGGAUCCGCAGCAGCAGAUGGGGGAAAGGGAAGUAGGGAGCAUGCAGACCGAGACCGGGACGCCGCGAAGCUGUCGCUGAAAGACCCCCGCGGCACCGAGGACGAGAAACAGGACCUCGCGCGCGCGCGCCGCAGGAUGGAGGAGAAGGCGCGGCUAUACGCCGCCAUGAAGCGCGGCGACUACAUCGCGAAGGAGGGCGAGGCCGCGCCGCUCGUCGACUUCGACCGCAAAUGGGCUGAGAAACAUCCCGAAGACGACCCUAACAACGCCAACAAUUAUUCGAGCUCCGGGACGGACGACUCCGAUUCCGAAGCGGGUAAGGAAGAGGAAGGCGGGGAGGAGCAGCUCAUCGAAUUCAAAGACGAGUUCGGACGCACGCGCCGCGCGACGCGCGCCGAGAUCGCGCGCCUGCAGCGCCGACGCCAGCGCGUCGAGCUCAGCACCGCGGAACUCGAAGCCAUGGCCGCAAAACCCAUCAAAGCCCCCACAAACCUGAUCUUCGGCGACGUGAUACAGUCCGCGGCCUUCGACCCGGAGGCCGAGACGUACGCGAGGAUGGAGGACCUGGCGGCGAAGCGGGACCGAUCCCCAACGCCGCCGCCCGACGCGCACUUCGACGGCGGCGCGGAGAUCCGGACGAAGGGCGUCGGGUUUUAUAACUUCAGCCGCGAGGAGGAGCGCAGGAGGGAGGAGAUGGCGGCGUUGGAGCGCGAGAGGGCGAAUACGGAGCGCGUUAGGCGCGAGAGGGAGGAGGCCAGGGAGAAGCGGAGGAGGGAGAUCGAGGAGCGUAGGGCGAGGAUCGGGGCGAAGCGCGCUGAGAAGAUGGCGGAUAGCUUUUUGGACGGGUUGGCUGAGAAGUGGGGUGCUACUACUGGUGGUGGUGGUGCUGCUGCUGCUAGUGGCCCUGGUGGUGAGGGUAAAGAGGUUGAGGAUGGAGGGAAAGAGAAGGAGAAGGACUCUUCGUGAUGACGUUUUAUUGCGUUUAGUCAAGUAAAGCUACACGGACGGAGCACCUGAGGUCGAGGACUUUAUGAAGAAUCAAAGAUACCCCCAUUUUCGUUGUCUUAAAAAAAUCGGCAUAGAUACAUAAAAGUAAUAUAAGAGAAUCGCUUAACAUGACAGAUGAAGCUGUAUUCGAGCUUCUCAUGUUCUUCUCGAAAUUCAAUAAAACAGAUUACAACUACA